AUGUAUUCAUUAUCUAUUGCUAGGAAUGAAAUCAUGUUUCAACGUAGUGCCAAGCGAAAAAAGCACAUUUUGUUCGAGGACGAAUGGGAUAUAUUCGUUGAGUUAAAUUUUGAUAUUUUGUCAGGGCCUCAGAAGAGUCAAACCGAGAAACAGCUGCAACCUCCUAACCUGAGCCAGUGCGGUUGA